AUGAGUGGCUCAUUCAACCUGGCGGGAGAGAAAGUCUCUGCCGCUCUUCCAAACGACAAUCGCAAAUGGCACCAGAGACGCAAUCUCGUGAAGCUGAAUUUCUAUAUGUUCAGCUUCAUCCUCUACGCUGCAGCGAUCGGCUACGACUCUGCGCUGACGAACGCAAUACAAGCUCUGCCUCAAUGGCAGGAGUUCAUGGGGUAUCCCACGGGAACCUGGCUAGGAUUCAUCAACUCGUGUCCGUUUAUUGGCACCUGCGCUAUUAUUUUCUUCGUGCCUUAUUUUUGCGACAGGUUUGGCCGCAAAAUCGUGAUAUUUGCAACCUCGUUUUUCAUUUGGAUCGGCGCCAUAGUGGCCGCGUCGGCCAAGAACAAGGCGGCGUACAUUAUGGGACGGAUCAUGAUUGGGUUUUCGUUCGCGUGCAACUACGCCGCCUCGCUGUAUAUCAACGAGAUGGCUUUUCCAACCACCAGAGGAAAGUUUUCGGCGGCCUACCAUUCGAUGUUCUAUUUUGGCGCGCUGAUGGUGGCAUGGAUUGUUUUUGGCACGAGAUCGCUUCCAAACAGCAACAGCUGGAGAAUUCCGCUUGCGUUGCAGGCGUUUCUGCCCUCUGCUCUCAUGCCAUCUCUGCUGAUGGCCCCCGAGUCACCCAGAUGGCUUGCAUUCAAGGGAAGACUGAACGAGGCACGAGAAAUCCUCAUGAAAUACCAUGCAGACUACGAGGAAAUGUACGUCCCGCUCGUGGACCUUGAGAUUGCCGAGAUCGUGGCUUCCAUCGAGGCACAGAAAGCCAACAACGUGGCGUCCUGGAGAUCGCUCGUGGCCACUCCCGGAAACAGAAAACGGAUGUUUGUUGGCUGCUUCACAGCUGCCUCGUGCUCCUGGUGCGGUACAGGAAUUGUCUCGUCGUAUCUCAGCACGGUGCUGGACGCCGUGGGAAUCACAAACACUCUGCAGAAAACCCUCAUCAACGCGUGUCUGCAGCUGUCCAACUGGCUAUGCGCAAUCACUGGCGUAAUGCUGGUUGACAAGGUGGGAAGACGGACGCUUUUGCUAAUGUCCAUGAUCUCCCUGUUCAUUUUCUACAUUCCGCUAACUACCAUCACCGCCGUGUACCAAGAAACAGGCAAGAAUGUGGGCCAGGGCAUCAUCGUGUUUAUCUUCCUAUGUCUGGGAUUCAACAACGUCGCUUUCAGUCCCCUUGUCACGGCAUACCCGGCAGAGCUGUGGCCACAGGCGACGAGAUCAAAAGGGCUUUUUUCAGCAAUGUUUGUCCUCAAUGCCACCACGUUCUUCAACAUUUUCGUCAACGGAAUAGCCCUAGACGCAAUCCAUUGGAAGUACUAUUGUGUGUAUCUCGGAGUGCAGCUGGUGAUCAUCGGAGUCAUAUAUUUUGUUUUUCCGGAAACCAGGGGUCACUCUCUGGAGGAGAUUGCACUUAUUUUCGAUAAGGACGAUGUCACACAGAACGCGCUGGGAUCGAUCCAGGUGAUCAAAUCAAAGACUGGCGGCGGCAAGGUGGAGGCCAUUGUGUCUGUGACGGAGGUGCCCGUCGGCUCUGAUGUAAGCCAGGUCUAG